AUGCCCUUUGGAGAAGCUCUACAGCAGAUGCCGCUCUACUCUAAAUUUCUGAAGGAUAUGUUAACUCGAAAGAAUUGGUACAUUUAUAGUGACACCAUUUUUGUGGAAGGAUGCUGCAGUGCCAUGAUUCAACGAAUCCUUCCACCCAAGCAUAAGGAUUCAGGAAGUGUCACCAUUCCUUGUUCUAUUGGUGCAGUCUCAGUGGGCAAAGCUCUUAUAGAUUUAGGAGCUAGUAUAAAUCUGAUGCCGCUCUCCAUGUGCCGAAAACUUGGGGAGCUGGACAUAAUGCCUACAAGGAUGAACUUACAGUUAGCAGAUCACUCCAUCACCAGACCUUAUAGAGUGAUUGAAGGUGUUCUGGUUAGGGUCAAACACUUUACUUUCCCUGCAAAUUUUGUCGUCAUGGACAUUGAAGAAGAUGCAUAUAUUCCCUUAAUUUUAGGACGUCCAUUCAUGUCUACUACAAGUUGUGCAGUAGACAUGGGAAAGAAAAAGUUAGAAAUGGGUAUUCAAGACCAAAAGAUCAACAUCGACUUGUUUGAUGAAGAAAAACAAUUGCUGAACCAGAAUGUCUGCUUAAAGGUGAAGGAGUAUGAAAAAAAGGUUAGGGUCAAAGGGCAUCUGAUUAAGUUUGAUGCGGAUUCCCUCAACACCUUCUUGGAGACUCCAUUUGUCUUAGAGCUAGGGGAGACACUUCCAACAUACUCCAGAUUUUGCAGAUUUAGACCAGAUCCUCAGGAUUUGGCGGCCCAACUUUGUGUCCCUGGUAGGGUAUUUGUUCUUAAUGCUGAGGGCCUGCCAUGGAAGCUGUUGAGGAAGGACCUUACCACCUUGGCGUAG